CAACAGCCAACUCUGCACAUCUGUCAAACAUCGUCGAAUUUUAUUUUUUUUAAUCGGAUUUGUUCUCAUUUCGGAACUUCCUACCUAUAAACUGCAUUUCAAUAAGAAAAAUCACGCAAAAAAUAAGAAGUGCCAUUCGAACAAAGAAAAAAGUACAUAUUCAAAUUAAGGCACAUUAAAUACACAAAACGCUAAAUCAUUUCCAAAUAUAAUAUACCACAUCAUUAUAUUUUUUUUCUUUCUUACAACCGCAUUUAUAUAGUCAAAAAAAUAGAACGCGAACAUUUUUACAAAAAAAAAAAAGUGCUGAAAAAAAAAUUAAAUCUGCAAAAAAAUGAUUAUCACGGUGAAAAAUUUACAGCAACAAACAUUUACAAUUGACAUCGAUCCCGAAAAAUCGGUCAAAGAAUUAAAAGAAAAAAUAUUCACAGACCGCGGCAGCGAAUAUGUCGUCGAAAGGCAGAAGCUCAUUUAUGCUGGCGUCAUCCUCGACGAUGACCGAACAAUCCAAUCAUAUUCGGUAGACGAAAAGAAAUUUAUUGUUGUCAUCUUGCAGCGUGAUUAUCCUUCGAAAAAAACUGACGAAUCACCUGCAUCGGCUGCAACUUCCAAGGAGGAAGCUGCUAAAACUAGCGAGCCACCUUCACCACAGAAAAAGGCCGCUGCCGCUGAAGCAGCUGCACCCAGUAAGCCGACUCCGCAAACUGUCGAAACUAAGACGGCCACUGCAAGUCCCCAAAAAGCUCCAACUUCAGCUGCAGCUGCUCCAGCCGCUGUACCGGCUUCUGUACAAGCUGCUGCCGAGUCUACCCUCCUCAUGGGCGCCGAAUACAACCAAAUGGUAGACUCGAUUAUGCAAAUGGGAUACACCAGAGAGAUGACAGAAGCCGCUUUAGCCGCCAGCUUUAACAAUCCAGAUCGUGCAGUUGAAUACCUUCUGAGUGGAAUCCCGCCUGAAGCUUUGGUCGAUAGCGAGUUGAAUACAACACCUAGCGCAGAAUUGAGAGCCGCUGCUGCUGCAGCAGGACAGCGAUCGUCUGCCAACGAGAGUAGCGUCGCGGAGGAUUCAUUGGAAUUUCUCAGGAAUCAGCCUCAGUUCCUUCAGAUGAGGGAGUUGGUGCACCAAAAUCCGGAACUGCUGAAUGCUGUUCUGCAACAGAUUGGUCAGUCUAAUCCGGCAUUGUUGCAGUUAAUUUCGGAAAACCAGGAGGCAUUUUUGAACAUGUUGAAUGAACCGCACGAAGCAGAUAACAGCAGUUCGGCAGGCAGUCAGGCAACAGGGGAAGGAGUUCGUGCAGCUGUAGCCGAAUCGGUGGCAUCGGCUGAGCCUUCUGAUCGGACCAGGGGUGGAGCCAGUGCUUCGGGAGAUGGUGGAGAGAAUGUAUCGCCUGUUAUUCAGAUGACUGCUCAGGACCGCGAGGCCAUAUCUAGGCUUAAGGCGAUGGGUUUCCCCGAACACUUGGUUUUACAGGCGUAUUUUGCGUGCGAGAAGAAUGAGAAUUUGGCAGCAAAUUUACUCAUAUCGUCUAAUGACGAUUAGGAAUAAUAAAACGAAACGAAACAGUUAAUCACAACAUCUCUCUACUGAAGGUUUAUUUUUUUUUUUAAUUUUUGUCAUAAUUAUGUUUCUGCACUUUGUUGUUGAUGAGAGUUCGCCACAUAUUCCUAUUUUUUGUUUUGUCAAAAAUAGGUCUGGCCUAUGCUAAUCUUAUGCUAACAAUCUGAAAAUCUGAUAGUUCGAUUCUUUUACAGAUAAAAAAAAAAAAUAUUAAAGCAAAAAAAAAACUGAUAUAUCAAAAUAUAUGAUCUUUCUGCCUUUAAAGGGCUUUAAAUAAA